CUCCCCCACCCUCCCCCCAAUUGUUGGUCCCAGAUCAACAGAGGAGUAACUUGAAGGAUGGCAUUCAAUGAAUAGAAGCCAGUGGCCAGACUGUACCAUUCCAACUUUCAGCAGGGGAUGGAACAGCUGCUAGAGGUAAAGAAUCACAGUUCAUGACAGCUUCCUAUCUCAAAAGUUGUUGCUUCCAUGUCCAUCAAGAAAGAAAGAUGAGCACAACGGCUGCUGCCAACGAGACCUCUCCAACUGCCAGGGUACUUGCAUUUCUCAAUGCCACCGCUGAGCUGGUCCCUCUAAGCCCUGAGCCGACUGGGGAGAAGCCCGACUCCUUGCCUAUCAUCAUCGGUCUCAUCUGCAUCUUCCUCCUCCUGGCUACCUGCCUCGUCUUUAUCACUCUGUGCAAGCCAGCAGCUCUAGAUCAAUCUUUCUACGGGCCGCAUGAAUGUAUGCCGUACCACCCCGAGAAUGCCAGUGAGCCGCAGCUCAGGCUAUGGAAACGUCUGGGGUCACUCAGGCAUUCCAUACGCAGCGUCAAGCGCAGCCGGCCCAUUUCCCAAGUCCACGAAACUUGUUCGAUAAAAGCACCUGUAAUCCAGGACUGGAACAUCAUGGAGUCAACUGAAUUGUGACUCAUCCAUUACCUUCCAUGAUUCAGCUGCAUCCCGCACAUUGUUAACUGACCUCAGAUAUAGUCUAAGCUCUUUUGGAGAAUCACAGAGCAACAAGGAUGGGGGAAUUGGAGAAGCACAGUGUUCAUUACAUACCUAACUAUGGAAAAGGGAUCGAAGCAAACACUUGCAGUGCCUGCUUGAUAUAUGUUUAAACUAUAUUGUAAAGUUGAAGAAACCUUUUUAAAGGGGAUGAGGCACUCCAAAUCGUCCUGGUUCCGUUUGUGUCUAUGGUCAUUUGCUCCCCAAACUCUUUAAUUCUAUGACAGCAGAAAGGUUUGCCAAAGACAAGAUAAAGACUCACAGCUCACUUGCCAGAUGAAUGAAAGUGGAUAUGGUUCUCUUGAGAUGUGCCGGCAAUGACUCAUUGGCAACGUUCACUUUGAUUCCAGAUCUUUAGCCAAAACUAGCUGGGUGAAGCUGAGGGCUACUCAAUCAUAUCUGGGGGCCUUCAUGAACAAGCACAUUGCAUUAUCACACAUUUAAGUUAGCCACAGGAUGAUGCUGUGGUAAGUUGCUUUUUUAGGAGCAGCACAAUAUUCUAUUGGGAUUCUCACUUUUUCCAAACACCUGGGAGUUACACUGCAAGAUGAGGCACAGCCACCUAAGAGCUAAAGAUUUUAAAGAUUUACAAAACUGCAGAUGAACUUCUGCUCUUUAUCACUUUUUUAAAAAAAGAUCUAUAGAAAUUGGACAGUAGGGGAGAGCACAGCAAAGAAAAAAGAAGCCGCCUAAAUUCUAAUGGCAAAAGGCUCUGUGACAGCAGAACAGUAAUAAAUAAACAAGAUGAAUGCCACAAGUAACAUCCAUAGGAGAAGCUGGUGCAUCCACACUGCAUAUAGCAUUAACAAAUGCAACAAUUUUAGGCAGGGGAAGGAGUAUAAUAGUUAUCUGGGUGCAGAUUAUUGUACUUUCAGUGCUUAGGUGGUACAAUGGCCUCGCAAAAGUAUUACCAUUCAUGGGAAGGGCCACAGCUCAGUGGCGGAACACACAGUUUGGCACUCAAAGAGUCCCAGGUUCAGUCCCUGGUAUCUCCAGUCAGGGCUGGGGAAGACCACCAUUUAAGUGUUGCCACCGGACACUGGAAAUAAUAUUGAGCUAAAUGGGCCAGUGGUUUGACUUGGGAUAAGGCUACUUCCAGUAAAAAGGAUGUGUAGACCAUGCCCAAUGAAACGGGAAACAAGUGUACACUUGGAUGGAAGUGCCUGAAGGGAAAGACUGCAGGGAAGGGGCCUUGGUGGGCGGAGGAUUUAGCCCCCUCUUGGCUCUACACAUUGGCCUCACCACCCCAUUUUCUAUAUAUGACUAGGGAAGACUGCAGUUUGAACAAAUGGGUCUGCCACCAAUCAAGUGUAAUCUGAUAGUUUCUGAAUGGUUGAUGGUGUGCUAGCCAGGAGGCAAGCAAGCAAACGUUUGAUCGUCACCAUUUCACCAUGCAGCAAAACAGGAAGUUUCAUUCACAGUACGGUGCAUGGACGUGUAUGCAAGAAAACUCUGUUAACUGCUUCUUUUAGGGAGAACGUCAGCUUCAGGAGGGGGUGGUUUGGAGAAAGGCAGGGUGGGGUGCUUGCCAUUUCAGUGGCCCGCCAUUUCCCCCCUGCAGUCCCUGCAACUCUUUCCCCAUCUGCUCUUCUUUCAUAGAGUUCAGCAACUAAACCCGCACAUGCAAAUGAGCAGGUGAAGUUGGGGAGUGGGUGGGUCAAGGGGAAAUGGCAAUAUAAUAUGAAAACUUUUGAAAAUCUUGGAUUAUUUUUUUUAAGUGGCAGUUUCUUACAGUAAUCUUUCUUAGGCUCUUUGAGGUAGAAAAAGAAAAAAGAAAAAAGAACGGAAAGAUCACAACAUGUUUAAUGAAAACCACUUAGAGAUUUUGACAGUUAAGGAGUAUACACAUUUCAUUAAAUAAACACAUAAAUGUUUAAAAAGUGGGAACCUAGUUUUUUUUAAAAGCUCUGUUUUGCUGGUAUCUUGGCUAUCUAUAUAAUACUGGGCAAUGAUUUGCUAACGGCCUAUUAGUUGUACCUCUUAUUGAAAUAGAUGGAACAUGUGGAACAGGCGAAAGGAAGCUAGGGAGAAUAGCUUUGGCAUACCAUGCAAGUUAUUUAUUCUGAAAUAGUGCAAUCCAGGCACAGUUCAAUUUGACCAAGAUCCAUUAACACCAGUCUCACAACUGGAUGAUGAAGCACUUAAAAGUUACCUAACUUUCAGUGGGCCCAAGUGCCAUAUCUGAUUUAUAACCAUUGUUUUGUAACUUGAAGGGCUAAGAAAAGAAAAGCUCCACCUGCAUAAUAGAUUGUGUAGCAUCCUGCAUGGGGCACUAACCAUCUAGACAUCAUAAAAGUGUGACGACAUUUAUUGGAAGCUGAAACUUUACAACCGAGUGGAUCUACUGGAGUAAAUGGGAAUAAAAAGUGUACAUUUCAA